GCUCGCACUCGGCCCCCAGAGCUGGUCCUGUGGAGCCGACCCGGGAGCCACGCCGACCCGGGAGCUGCCGCCGCGGCCGCAGGACGAGCCCCGGGAUCUGUUAUACCUAUUGAAUAACUAUGGAAGACUAUAUCAAAAUAGAAAAAAUUGGAGAAGGUACUUAUGGAGUUGUGUAUAAGGGUAGACACAAAACAACAGGCCAAAUAGUAGCUAUGAAAAAAAUCAGACUGGAAAGUGAAGAGGAAGGGGUUCCUAGUACUGCCAUUCGGGAAAUUUCUCUAUUAAAAGAACUUCGUCAUCCAAACAUUGUCAGUCUUCAAGAUGUGCUUAUGCAGGAUUCCAGGUUAUAUCUCAUCUUUGAAUUCCUUUCCAUGGAUCUCAAGAAAUACUUAGAUUCUAUCCCACCUGGUCAAUUCAUGGAUUCUUCACUUGUUAAGAGUUAUUUGUACCAAAUCCUUCAGGGGAUUGUGUUUUGUCACUCUAGAAGGGUUCUUCACAGAGAUUUAAAACCUCAAAAUCUAUUGAUUGAUGAUAAAGGAACUAUCAAGCUGGCUGACUUUGGCCUUGCCAGAGCUUUUGGAAUCCCUAUUAGGGUAUAUACACAUGAGGUAGUGACACUUUGGUAUAGAUCUCCAGAAGUAUUGCUGGGGUCAGCCCGUUACUCUACUCCAGUGGACAUUUGGAGUAUAGCACCAGGCUGUGAAAAGGCUGGCAGGAUGGCUCUCCUGAAGGAAUCACUCAACGCAGACUUGAUUUCCCGGACUCUACAGCCCAUGAAUUGGUCCAGGAGUGGCUCCAUUCUAGCCAUUCAGAAGGCAGCUGAAACAUGGGGAAAUGUGUUUGGCCAGGUUAGAGUAAAUAUCAUGCGUAAGCUUCUUUCUCUUAAAGUAAACAGCCUGUGCACAUACCCUGUCCUAAGCAGGGCAGGGUCACAAUGGCUGCCAGGGUCAUGGCCAUCUGUAGAAACCACUAGAGAAGGCCGACUUUGUAGAACUGAAAUCCAUGAAAAUAAAAAUUCUUCCAAAACCAAGUCUGCUGUGAGAUUCAUGAGUCCCAGGAAGUAUCCCAAGACUUCCUUCAGCCCAGUAGCCUCUGGGAACUGUAGAUGCAAAUUGCUUCUGGGAGGAGCAUGCACGGCCUUCUGGCUACUUCUAAGUGUGGCCCAAGGAAUUAGCAACUUGCUGGAAGAUAGCGAAAUGAGGCCCCAGAGCCCACACAGACCAGACUCAGCAGUCAUCUACUGUCCUGUAACCGCAGAUUACACCAGUGAACUUUGGACAACUCCAGAAUCCCAUUCCAAGAUUCUAGCUAUGUCAAAUACUCAGGAAUCUGUCCUCGAAUAUGACUGUGACUCGGAAUCACUAUCAGCACAAGCAGGCAUUGCUGAUUUGAAUUAG